CGGAGUCUGCAAUAAACAAACUCCAAGUGAUCUCCAGGUAAAAAAGCGAAUACGUUCGACACUCUCUCUCGCUGUAACUACGAUUGCGAGGAGUCGCGCUGUCAAUCGUCGAGCGGUAUCAAAAAGCGAACGAGAAUCGUGCGAACGUCGUGGGAGCAGCCAUCGAAGCAUCGCCGCGGAGAUGGGCAGCACGGACAAGGCUGUGAUCACGGGGUUCAUAUGCAGGCUCUGCAGUAAGAUGAACCGCUUCGUGAUCCACAUCUACGGGGAAGAGGGCGAAAGAAUGAAACUCGCCGAGAAGAUAAACACCUAUCUGCCGAUCACGGUAAACAUGAACGACCCACUACCAAAGACUGCAUGUUUACACUGCAUCGAACGAUUAGAGGCGCAUCACGAAUUAAUGGAACAAAUCAUGUUCACCAGGCGGAGAUUAAACACCGACAAUAAGGCGACCACAGUAGCAUCCUCUUCUGCGACAACCGUAGACACAGCUCCAACAUCUAGCCCACCUCCUUGUUGACAUGUGCAAUGGAACAUAGUAUAUCCUUUCGCUCAAAGCACCAUUCGCCAAGCUCGGAUGAUUCCCAUAUAAUUUUUCAUUUCAUUUGAACUGUUUAUAAUAAGUGAAACGUGUAAA